CGCUACUUCUGUCGUACAGCAAAGUUACGGCACGUCAUUGUUCCAGUUGGACCAACUUAGACCCAGCGACGGGAGGACCCAGCUCCAUCAGCUCCAGCUUACCAUACCUUAACUGGUAGCCCAUUCAUCUCAUCACUCCUCUUCGCAGCAUAUUCUCUCAAGCUGCAACUUUUGCUUCCCUCAAAGGCGAACUUUUUUUUUUUUUUGACGAUCGAUACCCCAACGACGACGCUGAACACAGCUCAUUUUUGCUCUCGCUUAUACCCACUUCACCAAAGUCAACAACAGAUAUAAACAUGGCUGACACUGGUCUUCCUCCGGGCUGGGAGGUCCGACACUCCAACUCCAAGAACCUCCCCUACUACUUCAACUCUGCCGAGAAGCUCUCACGAUGGGAACCUCCCUCCGGCACCGACACCGAGAAGCUGAAGCAUUAUAUGGCUACUAAUCACAGUGCUGGCUCUCGUCCUGGUGCCGUCGCUGGUGUUCCCGAGGGUAAGAUCCGUGCUGCUCAUCUACUAGUCAAGCACCGCGACAGUCGACGACCCAGCAGCUGGAGAGAGGCUGAGAUCACGCGCACCAAGGAGGAGGCCCUUGAGAUCAUCCAGGACCACGAGCAAAAGAUCAAGUCCGGCAGUAUCACACUUGGUGAGCUCGCCCUCACCGAAUCCGACUGCUCUUCUGCCCGUAAGCGAGGCGACCUCGGAUACUUUGGCAAGGGAGACAUGCAGAAGGAGUUUGAAGAUGCUUCCUUUGGCCUCCAGCCUGGCCAGAUGAGCGGAAUUGUGGAGACAGCUAGCGGCCUUCACUUGAUUGAGCGCCUGGAAUAAAUUGAAAAGUACAUAUAAUUGAGAAAUUUUGUAAAUUGACAAAGCAGAGCGUAUCGUUGACGUCCUCGCGCAAUACCUCCCGAUCGCCUGUCGAUAUCGUGAUGUAUGUGGCUAACUUGGACGUCAUAUUCAAACUUCAGUGAGACUUGCAGUCUUUUAAAUCUUGAUUGUGUACAUUAUUCUUCCAUGUCUAAGUAUCUACAGUACCCG